AUGCUCCUGGCCUCGGCCGUGGUGGUCUGGGAAUGGCUGAACGAGCACGGCCGCUGGCGUCCCUACAGCCCGGCUGUGAGCCACCACAUCGAGGCGGUGGUCCGCGCCGGCCCCCGUGCCGGGGGCAGCGUGGUGCUGGGCCAGGUGGAUAGCCGGCUCGCGCCCUACAUCAUCGACCUGCAGUCCAUGAACCAGUUCCGCCAAGACACGGGGACCCUCCGCCCAGUUCGCCGCAAUUACUACGACCCGUCCUCGGCCCCCGGGAAGGGCGUGGUGUGGGAGUGGGAGAACGACAAUGGCUCUUGGACGCCCUACGACAUGGAGGUGGGCAUCACCAUUCAGCAUGCCUACGAGAAACAGCACCCCUGGAUCGACCUCACUUCCAUCGGCUUUAGCUACGUCAUCGAUUUCAGCACCAUGGGCCAGAUCAACCGGCAGACCCAGCGCCAACGCCGCGUCCGCCGGCGGCUCGACCUCGUCUAUCCCAUGGUCACUGGCACCUUGCCGAAGGCCCAGUCCUGGCCUAUCAGUCCUGGGUCGGCCACCUCACCCCCUGCGCCACCCUGCUCCUGUCCACAGUGUGUCUUGGUGAUGAGCGUUAAGGCGGCCGUGGUCAACGGAAGCACUGGACCCCCACAGCCCCCAGCAGCCCGCAAAAACAUGCCCCCCUCUGGAGUGGUCAGGCUGUCCUCACCACCAGGCCCUGGAGUCAAGCCAGCAGACCGCACAGGUACCAUGCGAGGCCCGGUGAAGACCGCCCCAUCACAGGUGAUCCGACGACAAGCCUCCAGCAUGCCAGCUGCGGCAACUGCAGGUUCUCCUGCCAGCCCCCCAGGAGCAAACGGCAAGACCGGAAGGGUGGCCCUGGCCACUUUGAAUCGUAGCAACCUGCAACGACUGGCCAUUGCCCAGUCCCGCGUGCUGAUCGCCUCUGGGGUUCCUACUGUCCCAGUGAAGAAUUUAAAUGGAACCAGUCCUGUCAAUCCUGCCCUGGCAGGCAUCACCGGGAUCCUCAUGAGCGCAGCGGGGCUGCCUGUGUGCCUCACCAGGCCACCAAAACUCGUCCUGCACCCACCCCCCGUCAGCAAGAGCGAAAUAAAGUCCAUUCCAGGGGUUUCCAACACAAGCCGCAAGACCACCAAAAAGCAAGCCAAGAAAGGUAAAACCCCAGAGGAAGUGCUGAAGAAGUACCUGCAGAAGGUCCGGCACCCACCAGAUGAGGACUGCACCAUCUGUAUGGAGCGCCUCACAACUCCCUCAGGCUACAAGGGCCCACAGCCCAUGGUCAAGCCUGACCUGGUGGGAAAGCUAUCCAGAUGUGGCCACAUAUACCACAUCUACUGCCUGGUCGCCAUGUACAACAAUGGAAACAAGGAUGGGAGUCUGCAGUGUCCAACCUGCAAGACCAUUUAUGGGGUGAAGACAGGUACCCAGCCUCCAGGGAAGAUGGAGUACCACCUGAUCCCCCACUCCUUGCCAGGCCAUCCGGACUGCAAAACCAUACGAAUCAUCUACAGUAUACCCCCUGGCAUUCAGGGACCAGAACACCCAAACCCGGGGAAGAGUUUUAGUGCCCGUGGCUUCCCGCGACACUGCUACCUUCCAGACAGUGAGAAAGGGAGAAAGGUUCUGAAGCUGCUGCUUGUGGCCUGGGAUCGUCGUCUCAUCUUUGCCAUUGGUACCUCCAGCACCACAGGGGAGUCAGACACCGUCAUCUGGAACGAGGUCCACCACAAGACAGAGUUUGGCUCUAAUCUCACUGGCCAUGGCUACCCAGAUGCCAAUUACCUGGAUAACGUACUGGCUGAACUAGCUGCCCAGGGCAUCUCUGAGGACAGUACUGCCCAGGACAAGGACUGAAGCUGGAAGGGCCUUGAGGUGGGAGGUGCCAUGGGGACCGCAGGGUGAAAAGUGGGGAGAGUCAAGGUGGAAGUUGGUGCCAUGCCCUCUCGACUCCCUCAUCACCCCUCCUGUCCUGUCUCCAUCCCUCACCCCUCCCAGCCACCAGGGGGAGAUAGAUUGAAUACGAUGUUGUCAUUCAUAAGCCUCAUCCAACACAAAGGGGACAUGGGAUGAGGGCAUCCUGGGUCUGUUCCCAUGGAGUUUUUGGUGCUGGGUAGGAAGGAACCCUCACCCCUUCCCCACGCCCCAAGCGGGGGGCAUGGUCAGCACACUUAGGGUACGGACCGUGCAAGGGCACUCCAUACCCUGGCCUUGUGAAGCCUGAGGCUCCUGGCCUCCGCCGGCUUCUUGCUGCUUCCACUCUGCUUGAGAGUGGAGUUUUGAUUUUCUCUCCUCCUCAGGAGGCAGGGAGCUCUCACUGUGCAAGGUUGGGGAACAAAGGGGUGAACCGCUCAACUGUUGUGACACCAGAAAUCAGAUGCCUCGGUGUAGAGUGAGGAAGCACUUCCUGCUGCGAGGGUCAGGAGCCUCUGGGAGCACGGUCAGCUCUCAUCAUAGUCCUUGGCUUCUCUGGACCCUCCCCUCCUCCUCACGCCUCUGACCUGCCUAAAGAGGCAUUUGGUUCUCUCGUGGGGAUGGUUGGGCUCUGGGAUUCCUCUCUGGGGUGGCAUCCCAUGAUGCUGUUUCCAACCCCUCUCUGAUCAAACCAGAGCCUACAUCCACUGAGCAUCUGAAAUGUCCUCAGGGAGAGGAGCCCAUAGCCUUCUUCCCAACUCAUCCCAGACCAGCUCAAAGAUUCCAUGAGUUUCAUCAGGUCACUGUGAGUGGAGCCCAUGCUGGGCUCUGUGCCAUCUGUGUAUGUGUGUAUGUGUGUGGGGGUGCACAGUCCCAUCAUAGUCCUCACUCUGUUUUGGAAGAUGCCAGACCCCAGUUCUGAUAGGGAUCAAACAGCUUAGUUGUGGUCCCUUGACUUUCCUCACCCUUUGUCAACCUAUCCCAUAGUAAGCUUAGACCUGAUGGAGACAAAACUGUGCUUGGGGAGAUGUGAUGAGUUGAGGGCUAGACUGACCCCUUUUUAUAUUUCUUUUUGAGAUAGGAUCAGUCUUUUGUCUAUGAGGGCUUCCAUCUGUCUCCAUGCAAAUUGGCUAUUCAAAGCCCGGAGAUGGUGCUGGGCCCCCUCAUCACACUCAUCUAUUACAAAUUGAUUUGCAGCAUGGAGGAAGCCUCUUAAGCCCAUUCCUAACUGGGUUGGGCUAACCCAUUAUGGUCUGGUCCAGUUUGCAUCUGGGAUGUGUCACCAGACCCUGACUAUCUCCUCCUGCCCAUUCCUCUUGCCUUUGACUCCCAUUAAAGAAUGAAUUGAGGGUCAGGGAGGAGAGAAAGGGAGGAUUAAGAAGGGAAACCCAAUUCCCCCUUUGAAAGUGGGUUCUUUGAACUAUGUGUUUGGGGGAAGUUCCUCUGGAUACUAAUUCGAUUUAUAUACCUCAUGUUUUGGGGGUUUGACGUAUAUAUAUGCAUAUAUGUUCCAUAGUGUUUGGAAGGUUUUUGAUGCUAGGCAAGUUGAAACAAAAGAACCUUCAAAAUGGUACUGAUGUUAGAAUGGGAGACCAACUUCCUGUUGGGCUGAUGGCCAUUCUGACACUGGUGUGGCAUUGCAUUCGCCUGAGGGUCACCCAGUUCUCCAGGACAGGACACGCGGGUGUUGAGUCUUAUCUCACUAUCCAAGUGGCCCUGGGGUAUUUAUUGGUUCCACCAGAGGGAGCUGUGAUAGGAGGAACUGUUCCUGCCACCAUAGUCCCAGCCUCUCCUUUUGGCCUCACCAGCUACCAGCACACCAGUCCUGGGCUCCCUGAACCAUGGGCAAUUUCCUGCCACAGUCGGGAAGGAAACAUCUGAACUAAAUGAAAGAGACAUCCCGACAGUGCUUAAUGCCAUGCCCAUACACUUAGCAAUUGUCAGGGGUUACUGGAGAGCCUUGAGGUAGGCUUAGUACCAUGCCUGCCUUCGGCACCCAGGGGUAGAAAAACACAGUGAGGCAGUAGGAGGUGGAGUAGAGAAGACACACUUUGGCAGCUGGAAAUGGGACUGGGGAGAGCCUGGCUCCUCUGCAUCAGGCAGAAGCUGGCAGAGGUGAGCAAGGGGUAGCCAACAAGAGGAUAUGCAAGAGACUCAGGGCUCCUGUGGCACCACCACUUUGGAGUUCAUCUUCAUACUUCGAGCCUUUCCCUCUAGGGUUUGGAUCACUUCUGUGCCCUGUUCUCUUACUCUCUGGGGAUGCUCAGCCAGGGCUACCUCGUCCUCAUGCUGCUCUUCUUGUGGGACUUUCUAGGCAGAAGAGAUCCUGAAUUUCCUCCAUAACACUGUGCCAGGCAAGGCAAGGCAGGGGGCAUACGUUUGCUCCUUCUUUCGUGCCUACCUAGAAAGGCACGAUCUUGGUUUCGGCGGGAAUGCUGCCAGCAGAACCCUGUGCACCUGCUACUGUGACACAGGGCAUUUUCCCACCGGCAGCCCUGCUGUGCUCUCCUGGCCCAGGCAGUGUAUUCUAUGCCUUUUCUCUCGUGGGCUUAGCACCAGCAGUAUGGUUUCACCCUUCCUGAAUCUCCAGGGUUGAUGAAUGGGACUGGAGACCAACCUUUUCAGAUGCUCAUCCCUUGAAAGGUGAAUUGUGUAUAUGUGGUUGUGUGUGCCUUUGUGUCUUCAUUCUCCACCCCACCCCACUCCACCUUUUUGUAAAAUCUGGACCUCUCUGUGGUUUUAUACUUGGUCAGAAGUACUCACCCUGGUGUUGCACUGUCGUGUGCAUGAAAGGAUUGGGGGAAGGCCCAUGUGGUACAAGAAAGGCCCCCUGCCCCCUUUCCUUGUCUGUGGUUGCCCAGCAUUUGAGUGGGGGGGGGGGGGUUUCUGGGAGAGGGCAGGUGUAUGUCCUAAUGUGAAUUGUUCUGUUACUGGUGUGUUUUUAAGUCCUUGGUGUUGCUCUGUGAGAGGACAUCGCCACCUGGUGCUCAUGAGGUGUAUGUGCAGAACAAUAAAUGGCAAAUGAAC